AUGUGGCCUCGGACGGUCGCUCUUCUGCUUCUGCUGACCGUUGGCCUCGAAGCCAGGUCGUACCGCCACUUCGAGAGGUUAUUCAACUCGGCCGAAGAGGAUAUUCAUGGUCCUGUUAGCGAUAAGUAUGCCACUGUAAGUUUCUUUUUUAUGUUUUGAGAAGAAAGAGGGGUAAGGUGGCUUUGCAGCGAGAUAGCCUUUGUUUUUUACGUUAAUGACCUUCAAUAGCAUGGUGAAAACAAGAAAAAGUUAAUUUAUGGGCUUUAAAAUCUGAAGUUUUCUGGAUUAAAGUGAUUUUUAAUGGAUGUUACUACCUAAAAUGUGUAAAAAAGUAAUAUUCUGUAUAAUUUUUACAAGAAAAAUUCAAAAUUAUGUUUUCAAAACCCAAAACUUUUUAGAAAACCUUUGACUACCACGUAAAAACCCUGUGUCACAACGACGACGACAACUCCGUCUACCUGAUCGAAGGUGAUGACUGUGAGAAGAAGAUUGCUCGUGGAAAGUACAGUAACCAAGUGAACGCUACAGGAUGGGGUAUCUUGGAAGUCGAGACCUUCCCCGAGUUCACAGAUGAAGUUCAAGCUUAUGGAGCUGGAGUUGUUGAGGGAUCAUUGACCAAACUUCAAAUCUACUAUCACUUCCGUAACACCAUUGAAGGGCUAUGUAAUGGUGGUAACAGAGCCUACUGUAAGAGAUUGUACAGGUACUUGAAUGACAAUCUCCAGUGGAUUCAGAGCCAGGUUUUGAGCAACAAUUUGGAGGAUCCAGUGUUUUGGAAACAGGUAGGUUUGGAAAUGGCACAAAUUAGAAAAUUAUUGGUAUUGUAAAAUUAGGUAACAAAAUUAGUGAAAAUAGCUAAACAUGGAAAAAAUACAACUUAAAAGUAUAAUUUUUAGGUUAAUUUAACAUACACUCAAGUUACUGGCAUCUACCACGGAUACUCCAACAACAAGACCUUGGACCCAGCUGUGGACUUCACCAUCAACCCUAUUCUGUAUGUUUUAUUGAUUGCUGCAGUGCUAUACCUACUUAUCAUACACUAUUUUAUUGUACAUAUAUUUUACUAUCAAUUUCAUUCUGGUACUGUUUAGGAUGCUCCAAAUCUCUGGAGAUCUCUUCGAUUUGGCUCACUUUUUGAAAAAGCCAAAACAAGUAACUGACGACCCAGAUCCAGGACAUUGUACUGGAUUGGUCAAGCUGACUGAAGGCAACAAGGACUUGAUGAUCUCUCACGUCUCCAUGUCUGGCUACAACACCAUGAACAGACUCGUCAAGUUGUACAAGUUCGCUUAUGGUUAGUUUUAAUUUUUUUUAAUUGAUAAGAUGGCAAUUUCCACUAGCGAACUUAUAAGUUUACAUUGGUAUUUACGGUAUAAGGCUAUAUAUUGAUUUUUAGCUAUAUAAUAUAUGCUCAUGUAACUUUGACAUUAAAUCAAUUCUUUUUCAGACAAGAAUGUUGUACCUGGCCAUACCUACUCCUUCUCAUCGUACGCAGGAGCUGUGGUGUCACAGGAUGACUAUACUCUUAUCAGUUCGGGAUUGGUAAGACAUCAAUUACAUUAGACUUGAUAAGGUUUUUUUAAACACGUUUAGAAAAAAUUGAUCAAAAAUGCUUUUUAUUACCUAAAAAUAGCGAAAUUUGAAACAAAUUUAAAAUAAAAACUUUAAAAUAUAUUAAAAUGGAUCUUCUAGGCCACAAUCGAGACCACGAUCUCUAUCUUCAAUGAAAGUCUCUACACUCCCAACUACAUGAACCCUAAGGGUCAGUUGUUGUGCUGGGUGAGGUCUACUAUUGCCAAUCAAUUGGCCAGAUCAGGCAAAGAUUGGGUGAAAUACUUUGCCAAAUAUAACUCUGGUACCUACAACAACCAGUGGACUGUUUUGGAUUACAACAAAUUUUCUCCAGGUAAUUUAAAAUUGUUUUUAAAAUUUUUAGAUUUAAAAAGGCAAAAAAUAUUGUAAAAGUGAAAUUUCGAUAUUUUUAAAAUUUAAUUUGUUUUAAAAUAUGAGCUGUGCUAUUAGAAAAGUUAACUCGAGUAAUUUUGUAAAAUCUUGCUUUAGACUGAACCUUGAUAUAACUGUUAAUUGGCUCUUAUCAUUCUUUCGGUCUUUGAGUGCAAAUAUGAUAAGAAUGAUUUCAUUGAAGCAUUGUCUGCUCAUCUUCAAAAGUUGAUACUAUUUUUACAUUAAAAACGUAAAAUAAUACCUGGAAACAACAUUUCUCUGACCAUUGUUACCUAAAACACAAUUUUAGGCAAAGAACUCCCCAACAGCGACGUUUUGUGGAUCCUCGAGCAAACCCCCGGCUACACUGAAUCCCGCGACGUUACCUGGUUUCUCCGCAAGUUCAAUUACUGGCCAUCGUACAACAUCCCAUACCAAGUCAAGGUAUCUCAAGUCAGUGGCUUCGACAAGAAAGGAGAACAACUCGACUGGUGGAGAUGGGGAUACUGCCCACGUGCCAAAAUCAUUGACAGAGAUCACAGCAAGAUCACUGACAUUGACAGUUUGUUCAAGUUGAUGCGAUACAACGACUACAAGCACGAUGAGUUUAGUCGAUGUGAAUGUAACCCACCGUACACUGCUGAAGCUGCCAUUUCAACUCGUGGAGACUUGAAUCCAGCGAAUGGAACGUACCAAAUUGAUGGUAUGGGGCACAGAAACCAUGGCAGUCUGGACUACAAGGGCACGAACUACGAAUUGUUUAAGAAACUUCAGAUUCACACCGUCGGAGGACCUACUUAUGAUCCAUUACCUCCAUUCAAGUGAGUUCAAGGUUUUAGAUGUGGAAAAAGGUACUUAAGUCAAUAAGAAUAACCAUAAAAAGCGUAAGAAUCAAGAAAAAUAGUCUAAAUUUUUUAUUUUUAAUAUUUUUUAAAUGUGACAUUUCGUCGUAUUUAUUGAUGUUUUACAUUUCGUUAACAACAGUUUUUGUUCUUUUUCUAAAACAAAUUUUUUGGCAAUUGAAUUUUAGUAUAGUACUCUUUGUUAUGUCUGUCAUUUUUCACGUUAAUUCUAUUAUUUUAGCUGGAACACCACUGAUAUUGUAGCCAACCACUACGGUCAGCCAACCUUGUGGAAGUUCGAGCCUUUUGUCACUGAAUGGUCAACUCCAGUCAAGGCUGAACUUCAGAAGCCGAAAAGAAAGUCGCACUACAAAAAGUACAUUGAAGAUUCAUCAGAAUCCGCAGAAUUCUUUUAA